UCGAAAAGAGACACCAUAUUUAAAUAUUUGAAUAUACGAUACGCAUAAUAGAAUUUUCAUUCUCGUUUCAAAUUAUGAUGAGAACAACAAUUGAAUAUAAAACGAAUUAAUCGUAUCGACAAACGAUAGAAUGAUAGAAAAUAAACGGUUAAAACGAUUAAUAUAAUCGUAUAAAUAAUAUUCGUUCGAAAGGAAUCAAUCUCUUUUCCCCUCUUCAUCGAUUUCAUCAGUUUUUAUUCCGAUUUCUCCUCAUCAAGGCCAAGUUGUCGUUUCACACGUGAUAAGGUGACGCUCCCCCUCCCUCGACAAUUUUUCAUCCUUAACUCGGGGAAACUUAUCGACCUAAGCGCAAUUUUUCAAACGCCGCUUCUAAACUUCAUCCUUUUGCCGGUGAGUGGUUCAAUGGGCCAACCGAGCGUGGAAAAUAUUAAGUAACUGUUUCCAAGCCAUUACCUCGAUGCGCUCGCAAGAGCGACAAAAACAUGGUCUUGCGAAAUGAGCGUAUCUGCUGAAUAUAUCCGUGCAAAUUAUGCGUUGAUGAUUGCAUCGAUUAUCGCGCCACGUGAAAAAUUGAAUUCUUCCACAACGUAACAACAACGUAUUUACUUAGCUUGAUUCCAAUCACCGAUGAUAUUUAUUUUAUUUAUUUCUCGACGAGAAGAAUAAUACAAGAUCGAUGUUUUCCUCCCGUUAUAAAGUUUUUUUUUUUUUCAAAUUUAAAACUCGUCUUUCGAUAUCAAUUCGAUCUGCGUUGAAUUAUUCUUACAAUUUUUUUAAAAUGUAACAUGCCGGAAGGAAGGAACAGGAGAGUUGAGAAUAAAAUUUUUGCCAUUAUUUCGUUAAAUAACGCGUGUAUGAAUAACGCGUCUUCCAUCGAAAUUCGAUACUCGCGACGAAGACGGAGAAUAACUGCAUAGAGUGGAAAUAAGCGGGACUUCAUCUGGAUCAAAACGAAUCGAAUUGGGUCGUACACGAAGAGGAUCGCGUGUCUCGAUCGUACACAUGCGAGGAGACACGCGACGUAGCCUUUUCUUCACACGAACGAACGUAAUUUUAUCUAGCAAACGAAUACCCUGGAUUAGACUCGUGUUUUAAUUUAUUUUCAAUCAGAACUUUCCGAGACGAUCCUUGGCGAAACACUGGGGGAAAAAAUGGCCGAUAAAUCGAAUUUUUCUUUAUCCACGUCGUUUUUUCCGACUCCGUUCGUAUCGCUUCAACAAUGCCGCUAAUUGUUUCCGGCGUCUAACCACACGAACGAACGAUAAUGUCAAAAACUGAUCAUCGUUCGAUCGAUCGAACUUUCUUCCAUCCACUUAUUUUUAUCAUAACCGAUGCGAUGUCUGUUUAAACGAAACAAAUCAUUUUUGUCAUAUUUUUCUAUAUCUCUUAUCGAGGGAUAUAUAACGGAUAUCGCGUGAUUUAUGAAAAUUUCAAGCGCCAAUUAUGAAUACGAAUAAUCACAAUUUUAUUUCUAAAUCUAAGAUAUUCCGUUAGAUACUCCGAAACUCGCCCAACUGAAUAAAUUAACUAGCCGAGUAACUUUCUAUAAAUCUAAUUUCUCCCAAACUUCAGAAACAGAUACUCGAAUCUCGUUAAAUUCGAAUCAAACGAAAAGGGAAGAGGAGAGAAGAGGAGAAAAUAAGAAUCGUAAAUUAUCCGUCGGAUUAUCAAUUUGAAAUAAAAACGUAUUCAUAAAUUACACGUAGGUACUGGUUCGUUUUAAUUAUGCGUCCAUGAUUCAUAUCAAUCCGGAUGGGAAUACAGGAAUUCGCGCGUUAGAAGAACGUGGCACGUACGAGCGAUAUAAUUAUAAAAAAGAAAAAAUAACACGUAUCGUUAUUUUUCAUAUUUUUUCCCUCCUCUUCUUUUUCAUCUCCAGACGUUUACUUUAUUUACUUCACUCGACAGAAGGAUCGCAAAGAUACGAGAAACGAGUUAGAUCGACGAACAUGUGUGUGUGUUUGUGUGUAUAUAUAUAUACAUAUCCGAUGGCCUUAGUCUCUCCGACGUAUUGCCACUGACUCUGACGACAUUUCCGACUGACCCAUAAAGCGACCGAGUCGAUAAGUUCAUCGAUCCAAGGAACGCCGCUCACUUGUGUGCAACGCGAAUUAAAAUCGGUAUACAGUAGCGUGAUGACGCGGUAAAGUCUCUUACGGUACCUUCUCGCGUACCAUAUAUUCCGUAUGAAAAUCCCCCCGUCGAUGGCACGGUGGUACACAGGGUUGUAAAAGUAACAACAUCUCGUUAAACCGAGAUAGAAAUAGGAUCGUAACAGAAGCGUCGUUGCGAGAGGAGUCGCACCAUUAACACCACGAAUAAAACUUGAGGGAGAACAUGGACGAAUGGAGGGAAAAGUAAUAAUAAUUAAAAAAAAGAACCGACCCAAUUACUCGAGAAUCGAGUCGAAAAAAGUAUCCCCCGCAGAGAAGUGUCGGUGGCGGAUUAAAGAUGGUGGGAAUAACCGCGGCGAAAGAAGAGAAGAAGAAGAAGAAGAAGAGUGAUAACCGGAUUCGAGCCACCCCUAGCCACGGAGCAGCAGUCACCGCGUUCGGCCGCGCGAAGACGUUGGGCGCACGCGAGCACCCCCACAGACGCACAAAUUCUUGGCUCGGUGGUGUGGGCGGCCGCGCAUGCGACGUAACGGGAGUGGCUUGAUCGCUAGAAGGCUGGAGGAGAGAACGGUUCGUGGAACGGCUUCAGUGUGCCUAUUGCAGGGUUCCACGAGACAACUACCCCUCCCAUACAGCCUAACCAUCGUGGUUAUUGUCACGGUGGACGUGUAGCGCCCGCGCGCAGCCCUCUCUCCCUCUUUCCGCCGGCGUAGUGGCCGUUCAGCUGACUCGACGUAUUCGCAGCGAGCGAGGGGUUGUCCGACUGCGACUUCGCCGUGUCGAACAUCAUCUCGAGCCACGGCCGUUUCGUCCACGGCAAGAAACGUGCGAACCUCGGCUAACCAUCUCGGCUAGCAUCGAUCGUAUCGAUAUCGUGUGGCGUUCGACGCGUGAAUAUAGAAGCGUGUCCCUUCUUCUUCUUCUUCUUCUUCUCCUCCUUCUCCUUCUCUUUCUCGUCCUCGCACGUACGCAGAGGGUGAGCGGGUGUACGCGUCAGUGUCGGAGGGGUGUGCAGCUGGUGAGUGUUCGAGAAACGCGUGUGUGCGUGUGCUCGGUGACACGAGGACAGAUGCGAGGUAACACGACGUGCGGUUUUCCUGGGGACAACCAGUCCGCUUCACGUCGUCCAUUCGCGCAAUGACAAUGAUACGAUUUCUUGCAUCGAGGUAAACGUUGCCAUCGGGAUUUCAGACACGUGAUAAAAAUGCGUCUCGCGCGAAACAAGGUUCGCGAUGGUUGGAGGUUCGCGGGCGUGAUCCCGAGAAAAUGAACGCAAGGUCGGCGGAUCAUGAAUCACGAGAACGGGUGAAAGGCGGGUGCACUGCGUACAACAAGAGGAGGCGGGUGAGGUGAAAGUGACGAUGAAGAAGAAAGAGUGGCGUUCCUAAUUGGAGAAUGAGCGGAUUUUUCAACUCCCUGAAAAACUUCGCGUCAGGAGCCGCGUACGCUGCCAGCUCUGCCUCCAAGUACGAAGAAUUGGAAGUCGAAGACACGAAGAUGAGAUUUAGCCUGACUCCGCAGCCAGGAGAAAGUGGUUUCAUACAAUGGCUGGACGCGAUGAAAAUGGUAGCCAGGUUACCAGGAGGGAUUCCGUCGGAAUUUCGAAAGAAGUUAUGGCUGACGCUGGCGGAACGUCAUCUGGAGCAACGCGGCGUGGAUUGGAAGCAGGCUGAAAAGAUCUGCUUCAACGAGUGGAGCAAUCCUGACGAUGAAGAGCUCGGUAUACAAAUCGUUAAAGAUCUACACAGAACUGGGUGCAGUCUGUUUUGCGGCGCGGCUGGGAGAGACAAUCAAGCGGUGCUCCGUCGGGUUCUGCUCGGUUUCGCCCGAUGGAACAAGUCUGUCGGCUAUUGCCAGGGCCUGAACGUGUUGGCCGCCCUCGUUCUGCAAGUUAUGGAUCGGGCCGAGUCCGCGGCCGUGAAAGUGAUGAUCUACUUGAUAGAGGGUGUCCUGCCCGAGGGUUAUUUCGCGGACAAUCUUCGCGGCCUGUCGGUCGACAUGGCCGUGUUUCGAGAUCUGCUGCGGGCCAGGCUGCCCAAGCUCUCGAAACACCUGGAGGCGCUUCAGAACGACGCGAAGGACAAGGCGACAGGCAGCAGUUACGAACCACCUUUGACCAAUGUGUUCACGAUGCAAUGGUUCCUCACUCUCUUCUGUCAUUGCCUGCCCCAAGAGGCUGUCCUCCGUGUCUGGGAUCUGAUAUUUCUCGAGGGGGACGAGAUAUUGCUAAGAACCGCGCUCGCCAUAUGGGAAGGACUCUCCGACCGUAUCAUGACGGUCACAUCGGCGGACGAGUUUUACAGCAUAAUGGGAGUGUUGACGAGAGAGAUGCUCGAGUUCACGGAUACUAACAAUCUCAUAAAGAACAUCGUCAGUAUGGGAGCUCUGCACGGCGUAACAGGAUUGAGGGAGAAGCACAGAUACAAUAUCACACCUUGGGCGAGGAAACUUAGCGACGACGACGACAGCGAUACCGAGGAGGAUGAAAGGUUGGCCGUGGCCGCUGCCAUGUUCAGCAUGGCGCAACGGUUGAAGAAAGAUCGUAUACCGCAAACGCUUGGAGCGCUGCAGGCCAUGGCACCCAGCAGCGAUCGAGAACGACUCGCUUUGGAUAUUAGCACGUUGAAACAGCAAUACGCCAAGCUGCGUGAACGGCAACGACAGGCCCAUAUCAUACUUUCGGCUGCAUGUGCAAGGCAGACCAUGGUACCACCUCCUACUUCUCAGGCCAUGAAUCAUCUUUUAGUGGGCAAAAGUGCGCUCGUGAGUGGGAAGAAUCGUCCCUUGACUUUAUCUUCUGGCGCUGCGUCGACGAAGACGAGACCUACGAGUUUAAAUCAAAACCGAAGGGAUAAGCAGGGUGUCACGCUUCAUUGGAAAGACACGAAAAAACCCAAGCAGAAACCUUCCAACGCAUCAGAACCGGUCGAAAGCAAAGUUGUCACGCCACAAUCCACGGAAUCUGACCUAUCUCCGAAGCACAGCAACGUUGACAGCGACAGCGAUAGUACGUCGACGGAAUUGUGCGACGAGCCAGAUCGUCUGAGCGACGUUGACAGCGAGGAUCUGACCUCGGCAUCCGAAUCCUGUACCGUUGGAACGGACGAGGAGAAGAGCUCUCGAAUGGACGGUUCGCCAAUUCCCGAGAAGACUCUCCUCGAUCCUCGUCCGUUCCUCGAGGAGAGAGCCGAGCCAAUCAACGCCAUGGACAGUUCGAAAGAUUCGAAAAUUUGCGAGGACAGUUUGGUCGACAUGUCGAUCGCCAAGAUUACCGAUCAAAUAAGACGGUUAUCGGCAGAGGAUGACAAUAAUUCCAUGGUUCCUCAAAUGUUUAAUGACGCGCAGGGCAAAGAAUCGCCUGACGAGCAAUCGAAAGAAUUGGACGCGGAGAAAUCGACGUCUGACCUGUCUGCGGAUAUCUACACUUCCGACACAGCAACAAAAAAAUCGUCCGUUUUGAACGACUACGAUUAUUCCAAUUUCGGUGGCACCGCGAUCACUUCGAAGCAGGAUGACGUACAUAAAUCUAAACGGACAAUGGACGAGGAGAUCGUCGAUACACCUCGAAACGAGAUUACGACGAUCGAGAAAGACCGAAUCGAGGACAGAAUCGAUACGAGCGUAAUUGAACAGGAUUGUUCGAGCGUGUAUUCCGAUUAUUCGACGCCGUUGGAUACGAAGUACGAUAAAAUUCCAGACAAACCAUCGAGCCUCGAUUUGGCAACGAUCGAGAACGAAAUUAAAUCGGAUCGUUUCAAAACAUCCUACGACUUCUCGAGCAGAAUAUCACUGGAAUUGGAACCGUGUAAAACCUCGAAGACCAGUUCAAUCAUCGAUGAUGCUUCGGAGAUUUCGGCGAAUAAAACGGAGAAAACAAACAACACAACUCUCUACGGCAAAACUUACGUCGGUCAUCUCCCCAUCUCUCCGAUCACGGUCGAUCAAAAGUUGAACAGAAUAACACCGACCAAACACGAGAUUCGCAACAUCGUCGGAUCGAUUCUCGACCAAGAUGAAUCGGCGACCAAGACGAAAUUGGAAACACCUUACAUCGAGAGAAGUAAGCACACCGCUGGCUCAACUUCGUUGGAAACGUCGUUAGAGAAAAUGAUAUCGUACGACUGUAUCCAAUCCAACCAGACAAAAAUGUACGCUGUGGAUCUGGCGAAGAGUCCCAAGACACCCGAGAGCAACAAAUCGUUCAGCUCGGGCGAAACGAUGGGGCCGGACUCGAAACCAUCGAGUUUGACCGUUAGUCCAAGAACCCCGGUCAGAUCGGACUCUCGAGACUUUUCCAUGGACAAAUCGGUGUGCUCGUCGGUCUCGAGUUCGGACUCGAAAACGUUGGUGCUUCGCUCCGUUGACUCCGACGGGACGAAGGACAGCGGGUGCAAGACGGAGGCGAGGAGAAUGUACGAGAUGUCCAGCUCGACGACACCUAUCAGCAUGGACUCGUCGAGGAACAACAAGUCCAUUGAGGCGAGCCCAGCGAAACUGAUCGUGAGCAGUUCCAGCGAGUCGUGCAGCCCGAGCAAACUAAAGUCUUCCGAGAGGUCGUUCAGUUCGGACCUACAAUCGCCAAUAAGUGCCAACUCGAUAAAGUAUACGUCGAAUUUCGCUAGACGGGGCCAAGACGACGUGUCGGGCUCGCCCAUGGAUCUCAGCUGCGCCACCUCGCCCUUCUACCCCAUCUCGAAUCCGAAUCAAAAGACGCCGACCUCGCCUUACAGCGUGUCCAGGCGAAGGUCCAGCUUGGACAGCAGCGAAACCUCGCCCGAGCAGAAAUCGAGGGACAGUUCGAGGGAGUCGAGCAAGUUCCUGGGCUCCUAUCAGACCAAGUUCGACUCGUCGUCGUUGAAAUUGCCGUCCGAGAUCCUCGACAAGGAAACGGUAGACGAUACGGCGUCGCGAAAGGGGGAGGGCUACGCCAGAUCGGCGGAGUUGAGCGCGAGGAUGCACGAGGACUCAGCUACGAGGUUGACGGACAGAAGGAAAGACAGCGUUGGCGACGUCAAGUAUUAUCAAACGACGGCGACGAGCACCGAUUACUACAGAAAGGAAAAGGAUACGUACGAGGAUGGAGGGGACGAUCCUCUGUCGGAGAAGGACGUGGUCCCCUCUCUGCCCCAGGAGAAAGCGUUGGACAAGCGUUAUUUGAACUACCGUUACAGGGAUCGAUCGAAAUUAUUGGAAAGAAGUUCGAGCAGUUUGGACAGCAGGAGAUACGCCGACAUGAAAUCGUCGGCAUCCGCGGACGAGUUCACGACCACGAUCGCGAAGAAGAGGUCGAGCGACAUUUUGGAGGACAUCAAGCAUCUGGAGGCGAAGGCGAACGAUGGGAUGUCGGAGAGCGGUAUGCUGACGAGGAAGAGCGGUUACAUCUGGGAGGAUAUGAAGAGCUUGGAAGCGAGAAGACAGGAUACGUUCAGUAAUUCCGCGAGGAAUUUCUCCAAGCAUCGUCUGGGGAUACCCGAUAUCAACGUGACGGGCGAGGGUAGAAAGUCGUACGUGGUACAUCCGAGGAUCAACAUCGAUGAGAACAGCGACAGCAUACUAAAAAGCGUGAGUUGCUGCGGCAACAGCAACGACACCGACGACGGCAGGGAAUCGAAGUUGGGCGUGUGGACCAAGGUGAAACCGCGGAAGAAGAGCGAGAACGGGCGAAGGAACAGCGACAGGGCGUUGAAGAUCAUUCAGGAGAACUCGGCUAUACUUCAGAAGAUCCUCGCUUGCCAAGCGAAGAAACGUUUGCCGGAUCUGGAAGAGAUAUCGAAAGAGAUCACCAUCAGCCCUAUAAACGAGGAAAUCUCCAAGAUAUUCAGCCCGAUAUUGGAGAAGAUGGGAUUGAACGAGCACGAGAUCAACGAGGAAUUGGCGCGGAUCAAUUUCAAGGACUUGGACAACAUGACCGCUACGAGCGUGUCCGAGUUCGACGCGAAGAUCAACGAGGAGUUGUCCAAACUUUCGCUGAUCGACGAAACGGAACAGAUGGAUCAUUUCGACGUGGACGAGGCGAUAUCCCACGAAUACCUGGACACCAGGGAGGCUUUGAUCGAUCGCAAGAUAAACGAGGAGUUGUCCAAAUUGUUGGCCAACUACGACGAUCGUUCACCGACGGCGAGUAUGGUGACACUGGACAAAGGGCCGUCCAGUCAAAACACGAGCGAGAUCGAGGGACUUGAUCUUUCCAGCAUCUCGACCAACGUGUUCUCCUAUAAGUCGUCCAACGAUUCGAUCGACGCGAGAAGCGACUUGCCCUCGACCCAGGAACCGUCGAUACCAUCGUCGGUCGUCGACAAGUAUUCUAAUAAAUACACGGAAAACGUAUUACCGUACACGGUAUCGAAAUACCAGGUGGACGACUCGUCACCGAAGAGCGACAUAGACAUUUACAGAGAAUUGGAGAAGCUGGACAAAAUCUCCUCCGCGCAAGUGUUACCGGAUCCGAGCCUGGACCUUCCUCCCCAAAAGGAAUUGUCUUCGAUACCGUACGUCCCGAACAAAUCUCCUUUCGCGGACGUGCCAUCGUUGAGGUACACCUCUACUAAACCGGUCCAAUACAUGGACACCUCACCCCUCAACACCUCUUACGAUCCUUACAACGCGUUCGACUAUAAGCCCAACUUGUCGCCCGCCUCUAACCCAUUCGCGACGACGGGUUCGUACGAGAAGCCGGCCGUCGUCGAAACAUCAGCGUACGAGUACGUCAACCACAAACCGGAGAUAUCGAUCAACGCGUACGACCUGCACCUCAAGAGUCCGAUCAUGACCAAAGAGUCGCUGGAAUUUCGCGUCAGAUACGACGACGAGCCGACGACCAGAGAAGUUGGUGCCGAUUACGCGUCCCUUCAAUCUUCGGAGAUUAGAUCCAUCUCCACGCCGAAUAAAUCUCCUUACUUCAGCAAUGGGAACACCGAACCGUUCACGCCCACCAAGUACCAAGUUUCGAAAGAGGAAAGAUGCCUGGACGCGACCACCGCUCCCUCCUCCUUCCUACACGAGUACGCGAGCGAAUCUUCGGACAUUCUUCGCCGCAAAUACGACCCGUUGUCUCCCAAGGAGUAUUCCCACGCCAAGAGCGCCGACUACGACAGACACUUGAGCGGCACGUUGCCCUCUCUGGACACGACGGACUCGUCGGAGUCGUAUUUACCGACGAGGGUGCACGCCAGGGAUUACCACAGCCUCUCUCCGAAUCGUCAAUUUCCCGACAAGCAUUUCUCCUCGACCGUCAACCACUACGCCUCCAAACUUUCGCCCAGUUUAUUAUCCGACGAGUCGAAACGGCCCGUCUCCCAUCCGGAAUUCCCCGGCAAGAUGAACGUUGGAAAAUAUCCCGAACUGCCCGACCGGGGUCCAACCGGUUACAAGAAAUCGUCUCUGAGCCUGGGGAACAUAGGGCACUCGAGCAAAGACGAGAACAAUUACAACAACACGAUGACCAGCCCCAAGACGCAGUUCAGCCCGUUCCCCGUUAGAAACGCUCCUAGAAAGCCCAAAGAGCUUACGCUCAAAUUGGGCCUGUACUCGCCCAAGAGCUCCGAUCUGGGACAAUUGAAGAGGUCUUAGUGCACGAGGAUAAUUCAAAUUCUCGUUUAUCACGUUCUAUUGCCUGCCUCGUACGAUCGAUGAACGAUUGUUUGUUUCCUUGUUCAAUGUCCUGUGGUCGACCAUGAUGCUAUCGAAGCGGGCCUAAAAUGAUCGUUUCUCGUUUUGCGGUGCCUCAUGUUGCCAACGGCCGAAACUACACGUAACACGCGUUUACGAAAUUUAAUGCACGUAUAUCGAUCGUAGAAAUUGCGGGCGUUUGCCUUCAUCACACACACACACAUACAUACACACACACACACAUACAUACACAACAUAUACGUUCGAAAUUGAUGGAGAAACAUUUGCAAACGUUUUAAAUUGCCUACGCUUCUAAGCGCGAUGUACCGACGAUAAAGAGACGAUGCGUCAUCAGAAGGAACAGGUAUCCUGAUCGCGUUACACGUAAGAAUAUCGUUGACCUAUCCAUCAUCUAUCAAUCGCGUAUUCAACCCCCUUUAACGUUAUAUAAUCGUGUAAAUCGUUUUCCUCCGGAUGUUUAUAGUUUACGAACGUUGAUCAAUUACACGAACGAGUUUUUUUACCGCUUCAUACAGCUUGACACAAACGUAUAAACACACACACACAUAUAUACAGAAAAUCUCUCCCGAUGUAGAAAACAAAUAGUGAUAAAGAGAGAAAGUAUGAGAGAGGAAGAAAGAGAGAAAGAGAGAAGAAUGUGUGAGAGACAAGAAUGGAGAGAAAGCUUAAAUGGAAUAACGUAGAAAUCCUUGGCGAAAACGUUUACCCGUGCGAUUUCUAAUGCGAUUGCCUUCAAUCUCCCUCCAAUCACUCAGAGAGAAAAAGGAAAAAAAAACCUCGUUAUCGCGUCUCGAUUAUUCGGUAAAUUUGCGAUAAGUAGUCAGUGGAAGCGCACGAAGCUUACUGGAAAGGAGAAGAGAGAAAGGAUGAAAGAGAGAGAAGAAGAAGAAGAAGAAGGAAAGAGGGAAACGUUAAGAAAAUGCCUUCCAUUCCUUCGAACGCGAUUCGCAUUACCACGGUGUAAUCUCUCUCGCAUGCGAUCGUAAAUCACCCCCACUGAUCGCCAAGAUCGCCGUGGUAACGUGAAAUUUCCUUCGAACAGAUACAAUAUGUAAACGCAUAUAUAUCCAGAGAUUGUAUAAAAUUAUAGAAAUUGUUACGACGGAGUCGCGAUGUAGAGCUUAAUUUGUCCGUACGUUUUUCCGCAUAAGGAACCCUAGUCAUGCAGUGGAGGGGCCGUAUCGUUUAAACUAAGGAUCAAGCACCAUUAUUCGGGGGCUGGAGACACGAAAGGGGCAGUGAGGCAGAAAAACAAAUUGUACAUAAUUAUAUAGACGUUAAUUGUAUAUUGUUAAAGGGAAAGAAGGGGGAUGAAACAAGGAAGGAGGAGAACUUUAGAGGGAGGGAGGGAGGGAGAGAGAGAUCUUUUUAUAAAAUAAAAGUAGUAUUUUUUUAGAUGUUUCUAAUACGAGGAGAUACUCGUACCUUCAACAUUAUUGAUGAACGUACGAUACAACAAUAACUGGAAAUGCUUGUCGCGAGAACAUCGUUCUUCUUGCAAAAUUAUUCGUUCGUUCUGAACUGCGAAGAAGGCAAUCUCUUUGUUUCAGAAAAAAAAAAGAAAAGAAAAGAAAAGAAAAAAAGAAAAAAAUAUGGUCUAUAAGGGAAUUAACGGAGAUAUUUUUAAUUGAAUUAUUAUUAAUUAAGUUACUUUUUAUAUACUACGUAUAUCUUUUAAGCUAUGUAUAUCUUUUAUAAUAUCUAUCUACACAUUAUGUAUAAUCUAUUAAGGAUAACACGAAUCUUGUUACACUCUCGAUUGAUAUUUUAUAAAGUUUCGUUCUAUUGUAACUUGAACGAUGGUUUAAUAAUCGAUAAUCAAGAAAUUCGGAAUUCGUCACAGGAGUCGAAACAUGUGACGUAUGGAGGAAGGGAGGGGAAAUCUCGUACAAGCGAAAUUAAACGAGACAAUUCCGCGGAAAGAGUAUUAUAUAGAGCAGAUAACCUGCAAUUUAUUUUCAUCGGCUUGCAUAGAGAUAUAUAGAUGUCGGUCUGUCGAUCAUUACGUCCAAUUUAAUCACCGAUGGCAGGUAGAUUCGUCAAUUCGCGAAAAUCGGUCGGCGUGAAGAUUUUUAUACGCGCUGUUUAAACUCUCGAAUGGAAUAAAAAAAAAAAAAAAAUAAUUCAAUAAUCGAGUUAACCCAGAAGAGAGCAGAAGCGAGGAGAUAGUCGACAAAAAAAAUUGUUUCCAAGUAGCUGCGUUAAUGUGCCUCUACGAUCAUCCGCGUCUACGAUUAAAUUAACAACGACGUAUCGAGAUUUUUGGACGGAAUGAAUUGGAAGAAAGAAGAAAAAAGAAGAAAAUUUAUGAAAGAAACCAAAGAUAAAUAUCGGUUGUUGUCCUUAUCUCUCUGUACGUCGAUUACGAUAUAUAAGGGGAAAAAAGGAAAAAAAAGAAAAAAAAAUCUCGCUUCUAGAACAAAAUUUUUACGCGUGUUAUGAACUAGCUUCUAGGGACAAUUCCACGCUGACUCAACUACGCGGAAAAAGAACGAUUUUGCGAAUGAUUGAAAUAUACACGUGGAUCAUCGCACGCGAAGCUUUGCGCCAAAUUUUGCACUUGAUUAAAAAAACAAUGCGUAAACCUUCUCUCUCGCGUAAUGAAAUCUCUCGUGUCGUACGAGUUUGCAUCGUUUGCACGAUAUUUAGAUCCGAUGUGGACCAACGGUGCGAUUUUGUUGCGAUUUCGUAAUUGCGCCAUCCGUCAGAUUCGUGAUCGCCGCCUGUUUGACCGUUCAACUACACGUAUUUGUAACAUUUAACGGGAAAUCGAGGAUGAAUAUAUUUAUAUAUUUUAAAUAACAAAAGUGAGACAGGUAACACGAUAAUUAUAGAAAUAAUUACGAGACAAAAUAUAUAUUAUAUUUGAAAUAAUAUCUCGAAUAAUAAUAUAUAUUUAAAAAGUGCAGCUCUAUAACUAAAGUAUAAUAAUUCUAUUAAAUUUACAUUAACCAUCCCGUAUUUGCCGUCACGUUAUCGCUAAUAAACGCCUCGUUGUUAACAUAUGCAUGGCAUACGAUUAUCGCUUGAUGAGCAAAAUAUUCGUGUCAUUAUCGAGUGAGAAAGAGAGAGAUAGAGAGAGAGAGAAAGAGAGUAUUGAUACCGUGCUAUUAUCGUUAAAUGGACACGUUUCUAUUAAAAUGCGCGAACAAUGCUCUGAUGCUUUUCACGUUGUAUACUAUCAGAACAGGCGACGACUUUUACAUUUCUAAUUAAUCGUUUCAAUCACGUCAUCAUCAUCAUAUAUAUAUAUAUAAUAUUAAACCAUUCAAAAUACAAAUCUGCAAUAGAAAUCUGUUUCAGUUACCGUAUGCUGUAAUUAUAUAUACAUACAUAUAUAUAUAUGUAUUAUCGAAAUCGUAAUAACGUCGCAUUUCUAGUUCGCAUCGAGUUUCAAAUUACGAUAUUUUCACGACCACAACGGGGACGAAAACGAGGAAUCGCCGCCUAUAUACAUAUAUAUAUGUAUAACCGUCACGUUCUUCCGGUGACGAGCGGCCAAAUCCGCUAGUGAACCGAAUCGAUAGCGGUUCGGGAAGCCACUGCGAGGAAUAGAAAGUAUUCGUAAAAAGGUGCUUUAACGAGGUAUUUGGGGCGUUAGAUGAAACCAAAGAUAAAAAAAAAAAGAAAAAAAAAAAAAAAAAAAAAAAAAACUAUCUAGAAACUUAGAUAACUCGGUUAACGAGUCUCGGUUCGAAGAUCAAUUAGUGCGUCAUCGUGGAAUGAUGGUCGUUCUCGAAAGGCGGAAGGAAAUCGUUUGGUUGUCGUUUGAAUUCGAUUUGACACUCGGUUCACUUCGUUUGUGACAACUUCCCGGAUAUAUUAUAUCGUUGAUCCGACAAUAUGACACGCGUUCCCUUUUAUUCAUUUUCUAAGAUUAUUUGUCAACAGCGCGGAAACAUUUUUUAACGUACAUAUUAAAACACGAAAUUAUCGUAUUAUUACAUAUAUAUAUAUAUACACACAUACAUAUACAUAUAUACAUAUGUAUUGCAGAGUGGUCGAAGUUUUUUCUAUGCAGGUAAUCGAAGAGAAAAUUAGUUAAAGGGGGAAGGGGGAUGCAUUUUAGAGAGAUGUCGCCUUCGUGUGACGAUCGUCGCGAACCGUGAUGCGAGGGCACGCGAAUCCUAUUAGAAAAAAAAAAAAAAAGAAAAAAAAAGUGAAAUAAUUUAUAAAGAAAUGUUAUAUUUACAAAAAAAAAAGUGUGCGAAAUUGUUACGUGAUGUUUUGUGAGAAUUGUUGUAAAAUACCUGUCGGUACGAGAGUAAUGUCGGCAGAGUAUAAGACUGUAUAUUUGAGAAGAGAUAGAGAUGUAAAUCGUUACAAAUAAAGAAAAGAAGAAGAAAAAAAAAAAAAAGAAAAAUAAACGGAAUAAAUAUAUUGAGAAACAAACUUUGUUCCGGCGUUCCUCCGAUUCUACGUACAUUCAAUCCAGAAUAAAUUUCUAGUAUCGAAUAACA